CCAAAAACAAAACUCAAUUAGCUCUAUCCCUUCUCACUUUCUCAUUCUCAAAAGUCAAAAGUCAAAUCUGGCUUCUCUCCCUCCGCAGUCCGCCCUCGUCAGUCAUCUCUUGUCUCUCGCCGCCUCACGCCUUCCGCCCUCGGCAACACUCCGGUCACUCCCUCGCGCCCUCCGCCCUCGUUCGGUCGGUUUCACCAAUGGUUUUGUAUAGAAAAGUUUGUGCAGUGACUAUUGUGUUGUGGUUUCUUGCUGAGGACAAGUCUGAGUCUUUAAGUUGAUAUUCUAGAGAUUUGUAGGGAUUUCAAGUGAAUAGACUGAAAAGUCUCUGCACAUGCCAAUUGUGUAAAACUCCAAACAUGUAGACACUGUCAAGUUCUUGCACGCUAAGGGCGUUCGGGUGCUGGUCUGAUAGAAGCUUCAGUUGCCCUCCAAAAUGAUUCAAAAUGUAAUCUUUAGGGGAGUUUGUAAGCCUGUUCGAUCCAUUCUCAAUGAUUCGAAACAGAUCUUUGAAAUAUUCAGACCAGCUUCACUCAGGAAAUCAGCUCACAUGUUGCUACAAACCAUGUACAAAACGGGUGGAGGGAGACCCAAGAAGAAAAUUUACCAUAGAGUUCAUGAGCUGGACCGAGUUAUGGACCUUCAGAAGAAGCCGUCAUUGAUUCUACAGCUAAAAUCCAUAAUUGAGUCUCAAAGAAACCAGAGCCUCCUUCUAAGAGACCUUGAGAAGGAAGUUGGGUUUGUUCAGAAAUGGAAUUUCAUGAAUGUGAUUGAGAAGUACCCUACAAUUUUCUAUGUCACUUGUGCUGGUGGAACACCUCCGGCGGUUAUGCUGAGUAGAAAAGCUAAAGAAAUUGCAGUGGAAGAAGGCCAAGUGAGACUGGAAAUGGAGCCCAUUCUGAUUAAGAAUCUACGCAAGUUGUUAAUGUUGUCAGUUGAUUGCCGGGUGCCAUUGGGAAAUAUUGAUUUGAUUGAAAAUGAAUUGGGGUUGCCUCCUGACUACAAAAAUUCUUUGAUCUCAAAAUACCCAGAAUUUUUCUCGGUGAAAAGUGUUAACGGUAGGGAUUAUCUUCACUUGGAGAAUUGGGAUUCUUCAUUAGCAGUCACUGCUAGGGAGGAAAGAUGGGCAUGUGAAAGGGAAUCGAAGUUGGAAGAGGGUAUAAAGCCAACAAGAACAUCCAAAGACGGGAACUUUUCUGGUCCUUUUGCAUUUCACGUGAGUUUCCCUGCUGGAUUCAGGCCAAACAAGAGUUACCUCGAGGAAGUUGUGAGAUGGCAGAAGAUGGAGUUCCCAUCUCCAUACUUGAAUGCUAGGAGAUUUGACAUUGCUGAUCCAAAAGCUCGAAAAAGAGUGGUGGGCGUGCUUCAUGAACUCCUGAGUUUGACUAUGGAGAAGCGGCUGACAUCCGCUCAACUGGAGGCAUUCCAUUCUGAAUAUCGUUUGCCAGCUAAACUCCUACUUUGCUUGAUCAAACAACACGGCAUAUUUUACAUUACAAAUAAAGGUGUAAAGAGUAGUGUAUUCCUAAAAGAGGCUUACAGUGGAUCCAAUUUGAUUCAUAAAUGCCCUCUUUUGGUGUUUAGGGAUAGAUUCAUUGCACUGAUCGGUAGAAAGGACAUCAAUUCAUUUACUAGUGCUCAUCAUAAUAUAUUUCAUGAAAUAAGUUAGUUGAUAAUGCAAUGGUUACCUUCUUUGUUUUUAA